GCCGCGUCGACGACACCCUGCUGACCGAGCUGCAGAUGGCCAUCGCCGCCGUUGAGGAGGAGAACGUGCAGCUCAAGAGCCAGCUGGAGCAGCUGACGGUGCAUCGGGACGAGGAGGUGGCGCGGCGGGACGCCGAGAUCACCGCGCUCAGGAACGAGCUGCGCGCAAAGCUGGCGGACUGCCGACCGGCGCAGGAGCACCCUGAGGAGCACCAGCAGAUGAUGUCGGCCCGCAGCGACUCCCUGCUGUUGGAGGUUCGCUCCCAGAUGGAGGCGCAGGAGGGCGUCAUUAACCACCUGCGCGAGACCAUCAGGAGGUUCCAGGAGCAGACGCGGCUGAUCGCUGAGGUGGAGGGCGAGAACCAGACACUGCGAGAGACGGUCGAGUCGCUCCACUGGCAGCUGGCUAAACAGAAACACCGGCAGAACCCGGAUAACACCCAGAUACGCUGCAUCGAAUCUAAACUGGACGAGAUCGACCGGCAGUAUCGGCGGCGCGCUUCCCACCUGCAGGCCAUCUUGCAGCAGCUGGAGCAGUGCAGCCUCUCGUCUCGCUCCAUAGAUGACACUAGUUGGACCUAGCGUCGCAGGCGCCCGCCAGCGGCGGGCGGCGCACCGCCGCGCGCUGCAGGAAGCUGCCGCACGUCAGCGCGGAAUGUCGACUGACGGGUCCGAGCUGUCGCCCGCCGUAGUGUGUCGACAGGGAUGUCACCAUUGUGCCGCGUCAUGGUGGCUGGCGAACGACUACGCUUCCCACGACUCGGCACUGUCGGCCGACCGCCACCGCGCCGUCCC